UUGAGAUUUGAGUUGUACCCCAGCUUAUAUUCACAUGAAGACCUCCCUUAUUGCCUUGCAUGUGAGCAAGGCACGGGGCUACUCAGAACCUGCACUAUUUCCCUUCUUCAGGGUCUGAGCAGAGACCAAGAGCAUGAUGUAUGCUCUGCCCUUUUGCUUCCUGCUUCUCUUCUUCCUUGCAAACCCUCCAUUAGCUGCUCCUUAUGAUGGGCCUCUAUAUGAUUUUUCUGCCUACACUCAGUGCAAAACUCGGGCCGAGGGCCCUCUUUACAAUGGUGGGAUCCUCAAAGGCGCCCGCUGGGAUAUCCCACGUGUGCUCGCUGAUGGUGUUUAUUCUCCCGCCUUCGUCCUGCGCAACCUCACCACUGGCACCAAGUACUGUUUCUCCAGUUGGGUGAAGAUAAAGGGUGCAGACUCAGCUCCUAUAAGGGCAAGCCUAAUGUCAGAAAAAAAAACAAUCAACUGUGUAGGGACGGUUACUGCUAGGCGUGGAUGCUGGUCUUUUCUAAAGGGUGGGUUCGUUCUUGAUGAACCCUUGGAUUACUCUCUCCUCUUCUUUCAGAAUUCAGAUGAGAGAGCUGUUGAUUUGGCAAUCACAAGUGCUUCUUUGCAGCCGUUCACCGAUCAGGAGUGGAGCACAAAUCAACAAUAUAUAAUCAACACUGAAAGGAAACGUGCAGUCACAAUCCAUGUAGCAAACACACAGGGAGAGAGGCUGCAAGGAGCAGAAAUUACAGUAGAGCAAGUCUCAAAGGAUUUCCCAUUUGGAUCUGCUAUAGCAAAGACCAUUCUUGGGAAUUUGCCUUAUCAGAACUGGUUCGUGAAGCGAUUCAAUGCUGCAGUGUUUGAAAAUGAGCUCAAGUGGUAUGCAACAGAGCCUGAUCCUGGGAACAUCACCUAUGCCUUAGCAGACCAAAUGUUGGAAUUCGUCCGAGCAAACCAGAUUGUUGCUAGAGGGCACAAUAUCUUCUGGGAGGACCCCAAGUACACGCCUGCAUGGGUUCGGAACCUUUCAGGCCCUGCCCUACAAUCAGCUGUCAACAACAGGAUUCAAAGUCUAAUGAGCAAGUACAAAGAUGAAUUUGUACAUUGGGAUGUUAGUAAUGAAAUGCUUCACUUUGAUUUCUAUGAGCAGCGGCUAGGCCCUGAUGCCACCCUGCAUUUCUAUGAGACUGCACACCAGUCAGACCCCCUAGCAACCCUCUUCAUGAAUGAUUUUAAUGUGGUGGAGACUUGCAGUGAUGUGAAUUCAACAGUGGAUGCAUAUAUUUCAAGGCUAAGAGAGCUCAGCAGGGGUGGAGCAACCAUGAGUGGAAUUGGCCUUGAGGGCCAUUUCACAAUACCAAACCCUCCUCUGAUCAGGGCUAUCGUAGACAAGUUGGCCACUCUGCAGCUUCCCAUUUGGCUCACAGAAAUAGAUAUCAGCAAGACACUUAGCAAGGAAACACAGGCUGUAUAUCUAGAACAAGUACUGAGAGAAGGCUUUUCACAUCCUUCAGUGAAUGGGAUAAUGCUGUGGACUGCACUUCAUUCAUAUGGGUGCUACCAAAUGUGCCUAACAGAUGAUAAUUUUCAUAACCUCCCUGCUGGUGAUGUGGUAGACAAGCUCCUGAAAGAAUGGCAAACUGGGGAGAUAGGGGGUCAGACUGAUGACCAUGGUUCGUAUAGCUUUUUCGGUUUCUUGGGUGAAUACCAGGUUACUGUAAGAUAUGACAACAGAACUGCAAAUUCAACAUUCUCUCUAUGUAGAGGAGAUGAAACCAGACACUUCAGCAUUCAACUAUAAACUCAUAUAGAUUUAACUGUGGUCUAACAAUGGCAGAACUAUAGCAGAAUGACAAAAAAUACAUCAGUCACAUGAUAUAUGUUUGUUUAUCCCAUUCAAGCAAUGAGAAAAUGAUUAGGUAGCUUGAAGCCUCUGAUUAAUUUUUCUUUCUAUUAGCAAGAAACAUAAUAUGUAGAUUUUUGCAAGAAAUUUGGAGGAUUCUACGUGCUGCCAAGCUCCAAUCUCUCCACUAUGGCAAUAGUCCUACAGUGUGUUUCUAAUUC